AUGGAUUCCAAUCAUUAUAGGAUGCAACUGAACAAUUACCUCCAGAGUCGAAGGGAGCUCGAAUUGGAUUGGAGGAUGAGCCACGAGGGACCAAACCAUGCUCCCAUUUGGACCGCCAAGGCGUACAUAGGGGAGAGAGAAUAUGGCGCGGGAAGGGGUACUAGUCAAGGGGCCGCGAAGGAGGCAGCUGCUAAGGUCGUUCUGGACAACCUCAAGAAGAAUCCCUAA